CCCAUACCUAGCCUGUCACCACUCCAGACCUUCCCAGUCGACACCCUUCCCUCCUCUUUACCUAGAUCCCUCCCACCAUCACCCUCUCACUCACACACACACACACACUCUCAAGGAAUUCUGUUCAACCAGGAUGGGUGAUGUCUAAUCCUAAACCAAUUAAGAAUGCUAAUCCACAGGAGGCCACAUAUGCAAACUGCUGCCUAAUCAGGCUAGAACGGCUUCAGUGGUCCAAGGGCCCUGGGGAGAAAGUAGUAUCACAGGGAAAUUUGCAUUUACCACAUCCUGGAGGUCCGUGUUUUACUGAUUUCCCUCCCAUUCUACCUUAGUUAGAUUGAUUGGGUGACCAGUCUCAGCACAGCGGCAGCCCAAUGGGCUGAGGACAAAAGAGCUGCUACCUUCUCAUCUUCCAUCUGGUGGACCUGGGCAUAAUCCCUGGGACAAGAAUGGUGGGCGCAAAGGCCGUUGCAGGCCCCAGCACCACCCCACGCCUGACACAGCAACGCAGUGGAGUCAGCAGUGUCAUAGUGAAUCCUCCCUCCUAUCAGGUGUCCUGCUGUGGGCCUGUUCCCUGUACCUGCUGCUGCCAUUGUAGGUGGCCUUCUCUCACAGAAGCCACUUAUAGCCGCCUGUUCUACAUCCUCCUCCAUGUAGGGGCCUCAGCAGUCUGCUGCCUGCUGCUGUCAAGGACAGUAGUGGAGAGAGUUUGGGGCAAGGUACAUGGGAUCCAGAUGCCCUCAGGGUUGUGUGCCCAUCUGUUUGGCCAGUCUCACUGCCCAGUGCUCAGUGGCUCUGGGGCUGUGUAUCGGGUAUGCGCAGGAACUGCCACCUUCCACCUACUGCAGGCUAUGCUGCUGGUCCACCUCCACUCCCCUACUAGCCUCCGGGCACAGCUGCAUAAUAGCUUCUGGUUCCUCAAGCUGCUGUUCCUGCUGGGUCUCUGUGCUGUUGCCUUCUGUGUCCCUGAUGAGCACUUCUUCCCAGCCUGGCAUUACAUUGGCAUUUGCGGAGGCUUCAUAUUCAUCCUGCUGCAGUUGGUGCUUAUCACAGCCUUUGCCCACUCCUGGAAUAAGAACUGGCAGACAGGUGCAGCAAAUGACUGCCGCUGGUUCCUAGCCAUGCUACUGGCCACCCUAGGAUUCUACAGCAUGGCAGCUGUGGCAGCAGUGCUCCUGUUCCACCACUACACACACCCAGCUGGCUGCCUGCUCAACAAGAUGCUGCUUGGUCUGCACCUUUGUUUCUGUGGCCUCCUCUCCUUCCUCUCCAUCGCUCCUUGCAUCCGCCUCAGGCAACCCCGCUCUGGCCUUCUACAAGCCUCUAUCAUCAGCUGCUAUAUCAUGUACCUGACCUUCUCUGCACUGUCCAGCCGUCCUCCAGAGAGCAUAAUCCUUCAAGGACAAAAUCACACUCUGUGCCUGCCUGGCCUGUAUAAAAUGGAACCCCAAACACCAGAUACUACUCUGGCAGUGAUGAGUACUGGCAUCAUGUAUGCUUGUGUGCUUUUUGCUUGCAAUGAGGCUUCCUACCUGGCUGAGGUAUUUGGGCCCUUGUGGAUCAUCAAAGUUUACAGAUAUGAGUUUCAGAAGCCAUCACUCUGUUUCUGUUGCCCUGAAACAGUGGAGCCAGAGGAAGGGCAAAAGGGAGCUGCCAGGCCAGUUGACCAAGAGACCUCUCCAGCUCCUCCAGUGCAAGUCCAGCACCUUUCCUACAGCUAUUCUGCCUUCCACUUCGUCUUCUUCCUUGCUUCACUCUAUGUCAUGGUUACCCUCACCAACUGGUUCAGCUAUGAGGGAGCAGAACUGGAAAAGACCUUCACCAAGGGUAGCUGGGCUACCUUCUGGGUCAAAGUUGCCUCAUGUUGGGCCUGUGUACUCCUCUACCUAGGGCUGUUACUGGCACCACUCUGUUGGUCACCCACCCAGGAACCCAAGCCUCCUCCUAUCUUCAGGCAACAUUGCCAUCGUAUCAGUAUCAUCAGAUAAUAAACAUCCAGUCUAGGUACUUUUAACAAACUGGAGUUCCCUUGAGGUUAUACCCCUAGUCAUGAUUCAAGGGAGCUGUCCAGACCAGCAAAUACCUCAACAACA